GUGGAGCAGACAGACUGACUGAAAGACUCCGCGUGACCAAUAGCCUUUGGGAUCCACCGUCACCGCCCACGAAUCAGCAAACUUAAACACUUUCUACGCGGAACCACCAAACACAGACUCGGUUUUUGAUGGAGAAGGAGAGGAGGAAACCCGUGUGCCUGAUCGCUGCUGCCUGUCGCGGUUUGGGCAUCGGGAAAGAUGGCAAGCUCCCGUGGCAUUUACCGUCAGAAUUCAAGUUCUUUAUCGAUAGCAUCACUGGUGUAUCUAAACCAGGAAAAAUGAACCUGUUGAUUUGGGGGACACGCUGUUGGUUUUCUACUCCAGAAGUGCUUUUCCCAAUGGCCAAUACUCUCCAUGUAGUGCUGAGUAAAACACUGGAAUCAGCUCCAAAGCACGCCCACUUCCUGUGUAAGGACUUCGACAGUGCGGUGCUCCUGGCCUCACAGCCACCGCUCAGUGAUGUCAUAGAGACCAUCUGGGUUAUAGGAGGCGUUCAACCUUACAAGGACGCCUUGAAGCACCCCUGGUGUGACCUCAUCUAUCUCACGGACGUCAGGGCAACGUUUGACUGUGACGUUUUCUUCCCAGAGUUUGACAAACGUGUUUUUCAACUUCAAGACAAAUUUCCUGGGGUGCCGAGUGAAAUUCAAGAAGAAAAUGGAAUACAGUUCAAAUAUGAAGUUUUCAAGAAAAAGACAGAUCUAUAGAGAUGUGUUGGUUUAAGAGAAUAUUUAUACCUAAAUGGUGCAUAACUCACUUCUUGCCUUCAAUUUUCAAAUGCAUUUUAAAUUAUAUAUUUAUGCAAAGUAUAGUCUUAACAAUUUCGAUGUGACCUUUUAUACUGCACUAAUUCUCACUCCGAAAUGUCUGCGUUUGAUAUGUGCGGUUCUGUCUGUUACUAGUGAGCGCUGUCAUCUCCACCUCCUCAGUCUCACAGCUGCAGUGAGAAUAUGCUGUUUAUGAGUCAGAGCAGCCGUGUGACUGCACCAGGUCUGUGUCAGAGCCAAACACACAGAUGGUGAACGCACAAUGUUGUGUGAUAUGAUGAUGAGGAUGUAUUGUGAGCUACACUGUGAUGAUGACUGGUGUUGUAAUAAAGCUGUUGUCGAGCUAAA